AUGAGCGCCCUUGCUUCAAAGCAGCAGUCGCUCAAGAUCUUUGAGAAGUUAAAGACCAAGCCUGCGAACAAGAUCUGCUUCGACUGCGGCCAAAAGAACCCAACAUGGACAUCCGUCCCCUUUGGCAUCUACCUCUGCCUUGAUUGCUCCUCCAACCACCGAAACCUUGGUGUCCAUAUCUCAUUUGUGCGAUCAACGAACCUCGAUCAGUGGCAAUGGGACCAGCUCCGAGUUAUGAAGGUUGGCGGCAACGAGUCUGCCACCAAGUUCUUCCAGCAGAAUGGCGGCACUGCGGCGCUCAACAGUAAGGAUCCUAAGACGAAAUACCAGUCCAAUGCCGCCACCAAGUACAAGGAUGAGCUCAAGCGCCGUGCUGCGCGAGAUGCCCAGGACUACCCCAACGAGGUUGUGAUUACUGAUGCUACCGACGACGGCGCCGCUACCCCUGCUGGCGAACCUGACGAUGACUUCUUCUCUUCUUGGGACAAGCCUGCCAUCAAGCGACCUACUCCUCCUGUCUCUCGCACCGGAACCCCCCCUGUCGUCGGCCGCACUCCCUCUCCCUUCCUAAACUCCGGUAACGGCAAGGAUAUCGCUCGUACAGCUUCGCCUCUGUCCCGAUCUUCCACUGGCGACAACAAGCCUACCAGCCGAAUCACUACUUCCGCCGCUCUACGCAAGACGACCACUUCCACCGGUCCCCGAAAAGCCAACGUUCUCGGUGCUAAGAAGACUACCAAGCUGGGCGCAAAGAAGGUCACCAGCGACGUGAUUGACUUUGACGAGGCGGAGCGCAAAGCUAAGGAAGAGGCCGACCGGAUUGCGAAGCUCGGUUAUGAUCCUGAUGCUGAAGAGGAUCCCGCGACCAAGAAUGCCUCUGGAUCUGGUGCCGCUAUCAUCUCUCCCACCCCCGUUAGCCCUAGCCGCGGCACAAGUUCAUCGCAUACUCGCCAGAAGUCUGACGCUGAAGUUGAGCGAUUGGGCAUGGGCAUGGGCCGACUGGGAUUCGGACAGAUUGGUGGUCCCAAGGCUGCUGCUGCCCCCAAGAAGAACGCCGGAGGCUUUGGUUCCGUUGGACCUGUCAAGGCCGCUGCUGUUGACGACUCAGAGCGAUAUGCCCGCGACAAGUUCGGUACGCAGAAGGGUAUCUCAUCUGACGAGUUCUUCGGAAAGGGUGCCUAUGACCCCAACUCUCAGGCUGAGGCCAAGACCCGACUCCAAGGCUUCGAGGGCGCAACUGCCAUUUCAUCAAAUGCCUACUUCGGCCGACCAGAGGAUGAGCCCGAGGAGGAAUACGGCGAUCUCGAGUCUGCUGCCAAGGACUUUGUGCGCAAGUUUGGUAUCACGGCUGGUGACGAUCUUGAGAACCUCACACAAAUGGCUGGCGAAGUGUCUUCACGACUCCAGGGAGCCAUUCGAUCAUACCUUGGGAACUAG